UAAUGACCAUGUUAUUAUCAACAUCACGGAGCUGGCCAGUGUUGACCGCUCCAUCCUCAUCCGAUCAAUCCCCGUCGUAGAUUUUAACUCUGGGAACUUUGAGGAUAGCGUCGAAUGUGUCGUUUGCCUCUCUGAGAUCGUCGACGGAGACAAAGCCAAGGUUUUAGCGAGCUGUGAACAUUGGUUUCACGCCCAUUGCAUCGACGCGUGGCUUGAGUCGCAAGCUACUUGUCCUAUAUGCAGAAAGAGAGUACACCUAGAGUGCCAAAUUAACGAGCCAAGUUCCAGCAAUCUAACUUGUUCUGAUGAGCAUCCAGCAGAUAUGACGGCGGUUGUG